UUUACGGGAAAUUUCAAUAUGGCGGAAAAAAUCGAAGGAGAAAAAAAGUUAGUAAGCCUCCCUUUAGCAAGAAUUAAAACAAUUAUGAAAAGCUCACCUGAUAUGAGUCAUGCUGGACAGGAAUCUAUAUUUAUGGUCGCCAAAGCCACUGUGAGUGAAUCACUAAUAUGUACUAGUAGCUCUGUUUAAUACUGAAAUUUUAAUAUAUUUUCAUGAUGGCCUAUUGAUGGGUAGUGCGUACUCAUGACUAUUUUAAUCGACAUUUACGUAUUUACAUCCAUUCUCUUGAGGUGCCUUGGAAUUUCAAGGAGGAGAGGGGUUAAAAUAACCCAUUUGUACGGUCGUUGAAAGAUUUUUAGUUUGAAUUUUCGUGGGAAAUACCCCAGGAUGGCAACAACCAUAGAGAAUGCUGUGUGCUUACGAAAGGCAUUCACCAGGGGUUUCAGAAUGAUUUGAAGUAGGCGGUUGUACCAAAAAAGUAGCCGGCUGUGACUGAUAGUUAAAAAAUCGCGUGGGGAGGGGAGCGUGCCCUCGCAUUAAUUAAAAUUUAAAAAAUUUUCGCCGCAAAUUAACAAUCAAAUAAUAUAGAAUACGUAAAAUGACAAAGUACAACUAUUAACAUGUUAGAUUUAGAUGUCAUUUGCAUUUAGGGGCGGACCAUUUGAUUUUGAGGGGGGGGGGUGGAAGAUUCAGUCUGUGCAAGAAUUUUUUUCUGCCCAGGGAAUAAGACAGAUAUUUUUUUCCUGUAAAGUGCUGCGCAAGAUAUUUUUUCCCAAUAUAUUUCGCGCCAGGAUAUUUUUUUUGCCCCUCAUAAUAACUGCUUACAGUAACUUAAGGCUUUCAUGUAGCUAUCGUCAGAGACGUUAGCCAGGGUUUUCAGUCAGAGGAGGCCGAGCCUGAAUCCCAAGAGGGGCUAAGGAAUUUUCACUGUGCUUUAUUUUAUAUGGUUAUGUCUUAAUGUUCCCCACACUAAAGCGUGCAGGUUUACUUACAAAAAAUGUAUAACUGCACCAAAACCUAAAGCAUGCAGGGAUAGAGUAGAGUAGACUGGGGGAGGUACAGUAUAUGAAUGAUCUGUAACCUUGGGGGGUUCGGGGACAUGCUCCCCCUAGAAAAAUUUAAAAUUUGAACCUCAGAAAUGCUAUUUCCUGCGUUUUCAGCCAUGGAUUCAUGCAACAACUUUGCUGUACUAAGCCUAAGGAACACUCACUGUCCUUUAUUUUAAACAAGGGAAAAUCACAAAAUGAGCUUUGAUUAAUAUGUAAUAAAACAAGAUUUCAAUAAUGCGAUUUUUAACUGCCCUCCGAAACAACAAUGUUCCACCAAAUAUAGCUCUGUAGCUUUUCAAUCGUUCAAUACUCAUACAAAUAGCUUGUUGGGGAUCGGGUUGCAUCCUCUUCAGAAAUAUUUUAAAAUCUAGACUCUCUAAACUCCAGUUUAAAAUUCCAAUUUUCGCAUUAAAAUCAUCGUAUAUACAGUACGUUCAACUUGCAUCCGGUAGAUCGGCCUUUGAAGCUUUAAUAGUUUGGAACUAUGUUAUCAAAAAACGCACACAGACUCAACCAUCCAAAAAUACUUUUUCUACCAUGCAUAUUAGAUAUGUACAUUAAAUAACUUAUAAACUUGUACAUAUCUUAAGCCCAGAUUUUCUCAGGGGGGGGGGGGCAACAAUUUUGCCAGGGAAUGCCACUGGCUAUCAUAUGUUAUUGAAUCCAAAGGCGCCAGAAUCCCUGUGAUGUUGUCCACUGUUCACCCAAUGUUCUUUUUAGCAAAUGUGCCUGCUCAAAAAUGCAAAAUCUUGCAAGCAUGUGGACACAAUACUGAAGUGAAGAACGUCAGUAGAUUUACAUGCAGGAAUUUUUUUUUUGAGCGCUUUCUUUUGCAUGAUAUAUUUUUUCCUCGAUUGUAUGUUGCAUGAUUUUUUUUCUUUCUCCUUGGAUUGCAUGAAUGUUUUUUCCGAAAUCUUUCAACCCCCCCCCUUAAAAAUCAAAUGGUCCGCCCCUUAUACUUGUAAGUGACAAUGUACUUUAAUGUACUACUUAUAGUUUAAUUUUUACAGCUGCAUGAACAGAAUGACAAUGUACACUACAAUAAUAGUAAUUAUUUUAUGAGUCCGAAAUCAUUAAUCAAAUGAUGUUAUAUUUAUGUACGUAAUGAACUUCACUUCACCACUUCUUCUUUCUUUUGCUAUGUUUGGUACUAUGUAUUAUAAUUUAUCUUAUUGAUCUUCCAAAAGAAGUGAUGUUUUGCUUGAAUUCAGGGCUUGAAUUUUUUCACGGCAAUUACUGUAGAGGGAGAACAAAAUGCUGUGGAUCAUUGCGGCAAUGACGGCAAUUUUUUGCCGUAUAGUAUUUUUAAACUCAUGUUCACUGUGCAUUACUAUUUUGAUACUUGAAUUCAGAUGUUGAUCAAAUCAUCCGUAAAUUACUAUUUUAGUCUCAGUUUUGUUCGAAAAAAAAAACACUAAAGAAAUACGUAAACUGACAUGUUUCUAGCUUGUCAGCAAUCCAAAGUCUGUACAAUAAAGUUAAAUUUUUAUUACAGCAAUUUGAAAACAAAAAUGCCGUGGAAACUCACAAAAUUGCCGUAGACAGCUGUUACGUUCUACGGCAAUUUUUAACGCCAUUGCCUUCAAUUGAUUUCAGGGAAAUUCGAGGCCAACUUGAAUUCCAAUUGGAACAUAACAAACAUUGUGUUGGUUCGCUUGUACUUUUGUAUAUAAAAUUUUUCCUGUGACCUGACGAAAAGUAGGCGGCGGUAAAAGUUCAAGUAGCCGGCGGAACUCCGCCGGCCGCCGGCUUAUUCUGAAACCCCUGCAUUCACCCUCCUGAAAAUAUUCAAAAUGGCAGAUGUUUUGGGGGGAAUGUCUAUUGUAAGCACACUGGUUAGGAACAUGAUGAGUGCUUUGCCAUUUUGAUGACAAAUCGUGACGUGUCAGCGGUUACAUCUUCUGUAAGGUCUCUAUUCUGUGCCCAAUAUUUCCAGACUGGAAAGUUUGGAAAUUGUGAGGUAUGUCCAGUAUAGCCAUCAGAGAAUGGAUGGUGACAAUCCGCGAGUAUAGGCGGAUUUCCAGUCCUCGCACGAAUUAGCUCCUCGCUGCGAGUGCAUGCAUGAGCACUUUCAUCCAAUCACAAUGCUAAACAGUCAAUUUUUGUGGCUAGCCCGUUCGCGGGCUAGCCACAAUGUAACGCUAAAACUCUAAGAGUUGUGAAGUUGUGACGGAACUUGUCGACUGCCUUCGGAAACUGUCGUUGAUGGCAUGAGGCAAAUGGCAAUGAUAUUAAAAUGCCAGUUGUCACAGAAAAGGUAUCUUACAACUAUUAAACGACUUUAAUACUGCAAGAUGCAUCACUCAGCAAAAUUACAGUUGGCAACGCUGGUAGAAAUACUCGAAUGAAUUUUUCACAGCAAACGGUAAGUUAAUUUUUGUUAUUUCAGUCGAUAUUUAUGUUUACAAUUUGUGAAUCUGUCAUUUCAUAUUAUAUUAUUAAAACUUUGUCAUUGCUAUCGUGUUGCUAUUCAUGUCUGCUCUGGACUCUGCUUCUGGUCAAGGAGAUUUAGAUCACGCUUCAUAUAAAGCUUUAUAUAGUGAGUUUAUAUAAUCCUGUUAAUAAUCAAACGUUCUUGCACAGAUCUUGAAUUUUAAUAUACCGUUAUGUGGGUAACAGUUGGCAUAGCCCAUUGUUGGCAUAUUUUACAACAAUACUACAACUGCCCUGUCCACUUGCAGGUAUAAAACUUUAACUACACUUAACACAGAAAACAGGCUGGACUAUUUUAUAUUAAUAUAGUCUAGUAGUUACUAGCGUGGAAGCUCACUCAGUCUGUUUACAUACAGUUGAAGGAUCUUCUAGCUAGAUGGAAGUAAUUGAGUGAAAAUGUAUUAUUUUACAUUUAUUAGAUCUAUUAAACCAGGAGAUGCAACUGUAGGUGCAGUUUAUUUUUGGAUAUCUAGUCCAGAUGUAAAUAAUAUGUAUUAUUAUAUCUGAUCUAAGAUCAGCAGGGGCGUAGAGACAGGGGAGUGUGUGUGUGUGUGGGGGGGAGGGGGGCAAACUCCACAACUGUGAAACUCAGGUAAAGCUCAAAUACUUGUAAAUUUUUACAUUCUCAGGUAAACUUUGUGUAAAAGUCGUUAUUUUUGUAAAAUGAUGACCAUUUGACAUCCGACACCCCCCCAAACUUCAGAUGCUUUGCUACGUCCCUGAAAAUUAGUGCAAUCACAAUAAAACACUGACCGUUGCAGUUGCGAGAGUAUAUAUGAAGAAAACUCACAGUCAUAAUGUGAUGAGGUCAUAUCGACAAGUUUCAACAUUUCUUUUCAGCACUUAAUAACAGCAGUGUCAAUUGAGUAGCAUGUUCAUACUUUUAUUGCCACAGUUAAAUGUGUUGUUUAACCUAAUGAGCUGCAAUGUGCCCCAGGCCCCCAAUGCACCCUACUUAUUUCUUUUACUUGUCUAACGCCAGACGAUUUUACCCGUCAAUGGGGAAGCUCUGCCGCUUAAUGGGUUAAAUUUAUACCUGCAUCAUUUAUAAUGUGUCAGUCUUGCGAGCUGCCAGUAAAUAUUUGGUUCUUAAUUUUAAACAAUUUGCAGAUAAAAGCACAAUUCAAAAUCAUAGUGAUGCAUGGCAUCUACAGUACUUCAAACAACUAAGUGAACACAUAUUCUGAUCAAUUUGCUGAUAAUAUGGUGACUGGUGAUAAUAUUGGAUAAUAUAGGAAGAUCAGAAUAUUUGCACAAGUGUCAGGGCAAUACAAGUUAGUGGUGAUGACAUAAUUGAUUUGAUGAGUUCAUUAUAAAUUCCGAUGCUGUUAGAUCUUACAAUAAAUAAAAAUGUUUAGAAAUCAUUAGUUGCUGCAUGUAUAUACUUAUUAUUGAAGCAAAACCGAAUGUUGCUUUUAAAUCAAGUGAUUGUAGCCAUUUGUUGGCAUUGUAAGAAAGAUACUGCAUCUGUUUUAUUUUGACCAUUCUUCUAUUGUAAUUAUUAAUUUUGUAUCAAAAUAAAUGUUUGUGAUGAAUGUUCAUGACAAUGUGAACUCCGGCUGUAUUCGACCAGGCUGAAUAGGCUAGCCACAUGUACGCAGUGCGUACCUAUUUUUAUUAUAUGCAACCACUCGCAGUGAGCUGCGAGGAGCUUCGUGCAAGGACUGGAAAACCGCCUUAUGAACACAGAUAGUUAGAUAUUUAGAGUAUAAUGCUGAAUGAUACUUCUCUCGUUGGACGCUACAGAUGGUUAGGAUGGUACAGAUCAUACAGACUGUGCCGUCUGCAGUCAGAUGGUGACAAUCUGUGAAUAUGAAUACAGAUGUUUAGGCACUUAAGUAUAUAACAUGUCACAAUGUGUACCAUCUGCAGUCAGAUGGUGACAAUCUGUGAGUAUGAACACAGAUGGUUAGGCAUAGAGUAACAUUAUAAAGUAGAGCACAUUGGUCAUUGGUGCACAAUGAAGCAUAAAGGUUUGAUGUGAUUCUAUUGACUAUGUAAGUGUAGUAUAAUAGUAAUUUUGCAGCUAUAUGCCAGGCAGAGUGGCAUAUCUGAUUCAGUGGUAUCAGACUAUCAGCUUAUUUCAAGUAAAAUAUGCAGCAUGCCUUCACUUAGUCCUUACCAGCCAGGUAUAAGUUACAUACUGUAUAAGCUAAUGCUAGACGAUUUUACUCGUCAAGUGGAGAGUGCUGCCACUCAAUGGGUAAACCAAACAAAACUGCCCAUGCAUCCUCUUAACCCUUUAAGUGCCCUAGCUGCCACUCAAUGGGUAACUAACCAAACAAACUGCCCAUGCAUCUCUUAACCCUUUAAGUGGCAAUGCACCCUGUUGCGCGUUACUUUAGUAUUUUACUCUAUCUAACGCCAGACGAUUUUACUUCCCAAGUGGAGAGUGUUGCCACUCAAUGGGUAACUAACCAAACAAACUGCCCAUGCAUCUCUUAACCCUUUAAGUGGCAAUGCACCCUGUUGCGCGUUACUUUAGUAUUUUACUCUAUCUAACGCCAGACGAUUUUACUUCCCAAGUGGAGAGUGUUGCCACUCUAUGGGUUAGUAUCUUAUUUAUACACACAUAAAAAUCUCACAACUUGUUGACAAGUUGUUGGAAGUGCGUUUUUACAUGUGUACCCGGGUUUUUGACAUUUUCCCUUUAAAAUAUUUAAGCCUGUAUUCCUUUGGAUCAAGGUAACACUCUUUAAAAUCAAGCCAAAUCAAUAAAUCUUUUAUUCCGAAAUUUGAAACAGCUCAAACGCCAUAUUUUUUCUAUCUCAUAACUGCACAGGAGGGUUCUACCUCUACUACCCUGCCAGUUAAUUCCAAUUAUAUCUCACGCCACAUUGCAAAAUCAUGAAUUUGAGUGAAAUACUGUAAAAAGUCACAUGGUACAAAUGCCGUGUAUUUAUUGGACAAUUUGAAUUUGAGGUAUAAUAUGAGGUUAAGUUGUUAACUCACAUUGACAACUGUCAAGAUAUUGAUGUGUGUAUUAUAUAUUACAUAGGAGCUUUUUGUUGAAUAUCUGGCAAAGGAAGCACAUAAGGAGGGGAAAAAGCCUGAAGUAUCCUAUAAAUCACUAUGUAGGUAUUUGAUAUUGGAGUAUAAAAUUGGAAUUUGUAUUAGAGAAAAGAAUAAUUAUAUAUCCUGCGCAUCCCAGAAAACUCAAAUUACUGGAUGGAAGUUGAGGAUCUUCUUGGUCUUUUUCAAAUAUUUAUGGUCUUCACAAUUUAGAUGUCUCUUUGUGGAUCACUUUCUUCAGUUUCUCACCUUAAAUUUAUUUGUACUUUUUUAGCCAAAGUUGUUGAAGAGCAAGAUUGCUUGGAAUUUCUCGUUGGUUUGUAUAUAUUUCUACUUUUCUAUAUUUUUUU